GCUGGGUCGGAAAAGCUGCCUCACGGGCGCGCCCGCCGGGCCCUCCGGUCCCUCCCUCCUUCCCAGCGCUCCCCGCCCGGGCCUCCCUUCCAGUCUCCGCUGCGCCCUCCCGGAGGCAGCGCUCGCCGCGGCCUCGCCAUGUCCCAGCCGGGCCAGAAGCCCGCCGCCUCCCCGCGGCCCCGGCGCGCUGCAGCGGCCCGCCACACCCAGGAGCAUGUCAAUGAAAAAACCAGUGGAUCACCUUCCAAGUCAGGAGAAAAGAAAGGAUCAGAUGAGAAGAAAGCAACAAGUCUUGGGAGCAGUCAACCCUCCAGAACCCAUGCUGGCGAAACAGCCCCGGCCACCAAGGUGUCAACUUCCUUUGCUUCAACAAGCAAGUCUUACAGUAUGAAUCCCACAGAAACCAAGGCCAUUCCAGUCAGCAAACAGAUGGAAGGACCACAUUCUCCUAACAAGAAAAGACACAGAAAACAGGCUGGAAAAGCAGAACCUGAAAAGAAGUCACAGUCCACUAAGCCAUCUGUGGUUCAUGAGAAAAAAACCCAAGAAGUAAAGCCAAAGGAACACACAGAGCCAAAAAGCCUACCGAAGCACACAUCAGAUGCAGGAAGCAAGGAUGCUCAUCAAGAAAAAGCAGUUUCCACAUCAAGUGAGCAGCCGAAAUCAGAGAAAUCAGCAAAACCAAAGACUAAAUCACAGGACACGAUACCUGCUGAUGGAAAGACUGUUGUUGCUGGUGUAGCUGCAGCAUCGGGCAAACCAGAUGACAAGAAAAAAGAAAGUAAAUCAUUAACAUCGGCUGUACCAGUUGAAUCCAAACCAGAAAAACCGUCUGGAGAGUCAGGCAUAGAUGCUGCUUUGAAUGACUUAAUAGACACUUUAGGAGAACCUGAGGGUGCUGAAGAAGAUACUACAACAUAUACUGGACCCGAAGUUUUGGAUCCGAUGAGUUCUACCUUCAUAGAGGAAUUGGGUAAAAGAGAAGUCACACUCCCUCCAAAAUAUAGGGAACUUUUGGCUAAAAAAGGAGUCCCAGGGCCUCCUCCAGACUCUUUGACGCCUGUGGGGCCCGAUGAUGCCAUAGACGCCUUGGCUUCUGACUUCACCUGUAGUUCUCCUACUGCUAGUGGACAGAAAACUGAGGAAGAGAAAUCUACGGGAGAGGUUUUAAAAGCUCAGUCAGCCGGGUUUGUCAAAAGUCCUGCUCCACCCCAAGAGAAAAAAAGAAAGGUGGAAGAGGAUGCAAUAAGCGAUCAAGCACUUGAGGCUCUUUCAGCUUCGCUGGGCAGCCCGAAGCCAGACCCUGAGCCUGACUUCAGCUCCCUUAAGGAAGUUGACGAGGCAAAAGCCAAAGAAGAGAAACUAAAGAAGUGUGGUGAAGAUGACGAAACAGUCCCAUCGGAGUACAGAUUGAAACCAGCCACGGAUAAAGAUGGAAAACCACUAUUGCCAGAGUCUGAAGAAAAACCCAAGCCCCUGAGUGAAUCAGAACUCAUUGAUGAACUUUCGGAAGAUUUUGACCAGUCUAAACGCAAAGAAAAGCAAUCGAAGCCAGCUGAAAAAACAAAGGAAUCGCGGGCUGCGGCCCCAGCUCCUGUGGGAGAGGCUGUGUCUCAGACCUCCAUGUGUAGUGUACAGUCGGCACCACCCAAGCCAGCUACCGUGGUGAGUGAUCCUCUGGGCAUUGAGAAGAAGGGCACGGUGCCAGAUGAUGCUGUAGAAGCUUUGGCUGGUAGCCUGGGGAAAAAGGAGGCGGAUCCAGAAGGUGGAAAGCCUGUGGAGGAUCAAGUCAAGGAAAAAUCCAAAGAAGAGGAUCGUGAAAAACUUGGUGAAAAAGAAGAAACGAUUCCUCCUGAUUACAGAUUAGAAGAGGUCAAGGAUAAAGAUGGAAAACCACUCCUGCACAAAGACCCCAAGCAAUCACUUCCGCCCUUGAGUGAUGACUUCCUUCUUGAUGCUUUAUCUGAGGACUUCGCUGGUCCCCAGGACACUUCAUCUCUUCAAAAGCAAUUUGAAGACGCUAAACUCUCAGCUGUCAUCUCUGAAGUGGUUUCCCAAACCCCAGCUCCAACCACCCACGCUGCGCGUCCACCCCCUGACUCUCUGCAGAGUGACAACAAAGAACUCGAUGAUGCCUUGGAUCAACUUUCUGACAGUUUAGGGCAGAGGCAGCCUGAUCCCGAUGAGAACAAACCAGUAGAGGAUAAAGUCAAGGAAAAAGUUAAAGCUGAACAUAGAGACAAGCUGGGAGAAAGAGAUGACACGAUCCCACCUGAGUAUAGACACCUCUUGGAUAAAAAUGAUGAGGGCAAACCAGUGAAGCCACCCGAAAAGAAACCUGGGGAAUCAAAGAAAACUGCAGAUGACCAAGACCCCAUUGAUGCCCUCUCAGGGGAUUUUGACAGCUGUCCUUCAACUACAGAAAGCUCAGAGAACACAGCAAAGGACAAAGACAAGAAGAAUGCUUCCAGCUCCAAAGCACCCAAGACUGGGGGUAAAGCAAAGGAUUCCGCAAAGGCAAAGAAGGAAACUUCUAAGCCAAAAGCUGAUGAAAAAAAGACGAGUUAAAGUUCACACUAUUUGGUAUCUGCAUAUAAAAUCUUCAGCUGGUGGAUGGUGACUUUUGAAGAACAAAAGGCUUUGACAACAGAACAUUUUCCUGGGUGGCUUCUAGACCGGGGUAUUUGUGGAGGCUUUUGACAUCCUAGACAUUGGUUUGUUAUUCUUUUCAUGGAAAGAAAUUGAAUUUGUCUGGUUCACCUGUGUUAUUGUACUGAGUAUUGAUAAACUUUGGAUUUUUAAAAAUUGCCUUGGGUUGGGAGAGAAAGGAACUUUAUAUUUCUAAGAUAUAUUUGAUAGUUUCUUAAAGCAACACACACGAGAAAAGGAAAAAUCUUUGCAAACUUUUGCACAUUCUACAUAGUGCCUGUAAAUCUCAUUUGUAUUUUCAGUUUGCACUUAAAUUUUUUGUUGUCAUUAGCAUUUGAAAAACAAUGCUUUAAACAUU